GCUGUCAAAAUCUGGGCUUGAAAUAGGAUUUUGUUGCUUUCCUUCCUUUCUCUAAAAAUAAAUCUUUUUUAUUGUGAAUUUCGAAAUAAUUUGAAUAAGAUAGGUAUCUCAAAUUCAUUUACCGGAUAGUGGUUACUUUUAGAAAGCAAAUAUUUUCUACGUCGUUUUCCGUUUUCAUCAUAAUAGUGAGUUAUAAAAAAGUUUAUAUCCCUGCUACUGCUACAAAGUUCCGGUAUUCAAGACAUGAAAUAAUUCAUUGUUUAUAUGAAGUUAUCAUCAUUCCAGAACCAGAUGGAAGUUCUACAGCCGCUUCUCCAAAAUUGCAUUUCUAGUAUUAUAUUUGUACCAUGAGGCAGAAUCUAGAUAAUGAAGAAAACUUCAUGUUAUGAUUUACAGAAUUAUUUUACAUACUUAUACUUUUGUAAAUAUGAAGAAUUAGCACCAACUACUUGCAAGUCAAUUUUUUAAUUGAAUGAAAAAAUCUACUUAUAUUUUCCAUCUAACCACAGAUCAGAAAUUCUGCUCUUUGCAGCCAUUUUGAAUCGCCCAUUGAAUAUUGAAAUACCUCCAAUGAGAUUCCUUCAAUUACCCUCAUCAUAAAUAAUCAUUGUUAAAAAAAAAAAUUCUAUCAUAACACAGCCUAAAAAUGAAUAACCCAGACUUUGUUUGCGAUUACUGCAGCCGGACUUUCACAAGGAAAUAUAAUCUCCAAACACACAUUCAAAACUGCCAUUUGAAUUCUUCGUGCUACUGCGAAAUAUGCCACAUGACUUUUGGCAGUCCGUCCGGGCUAGGACUCCACCUGUACAGAGGGCACAACAGGUUCGACCAACCAUACCCCGAGUGCGAUAUUUGCGGACGAAUCUUCACAAGAAAACAGAACAUAGUCUCUCAUAUGAUGACUGUACAUCUACAAGGCUUAGGCCCACAGAUAAAGUGUCAAUUAUGCCAGAAAAUAUUCACGACUGAACGCAACUUGAAGAGGCAUAUUAACGUUCUUCAUAACACUGUUUCGAUCAGCUGUGGUGUAUGUCAAAAAGUCUUCAAGGAGAGGAAACGGCUGAACGAACAUAUGCAUUCGCAUAAUAUUAAGAAUGUGCAGUGUCCAAUGUGUGACAAAGCUUAUACGAGCAACGCGAAUUUAAAGAGACACGUAGAAAUGUACCACGGGGAAAAAGAAGAAUUUAAAUGCAGUAUCUGUCCCAAAAUAUACACUUCCAACCAAAGUCUUAGAAGACAUAUGCGGACGCGACACAGAAGCGACAGCAAUGAUGUGUUGUGUUGUGAUUAUUGUGAUUUCAGUACUGUUGGCAAAGAGAACAUGGAUACCCAUGUGUCAAGCUACCACAAUGUUUAUGAACCCGAAAACACCUGUGCUUGUCAAACUUGCGGGUGCAGUUUCGUUAGUGAAUCUAUAUUGCGACAACACAUCAAAACUGAGCACUCGUUUGAUACGUUCUAUAAAUACUGCAAAGAUUCCCUAUUGAAAGACGUGGGAGGGCGACCGAAGCAUGUGUUUUUGAACUGCGAAUUUUGUUCAAACACUUACAACAAUAUAUACGAGCUGAAACACCAUUUGCGUAAUGUACAUGACAAGGAAUACCGUCUGACAACUUGUAAUGUAUGUUUUGGGAAAUUCUACACGGAAGAGACGAUCGCCGCUCAUAGGAAGAUCUGUGUCCCCCCUCCGGAUGUUAACGCGUGUACUCACUGCGACAAAUUGUUCACAGACAUAUCGAGUUUAGAAUUUCACAUCAAAAUCUUUCAUCCGCAAGCUCAUAUCGCGGACUCGAACAUUACUUCAACAAGAGACGACACAUUAGAAGGAAAUUUCAAAUGUAACCAAUGCGAAAGAGUGUAUUACAGUGAUAGAUCGCUGAAGCACCAUAUUAAGCUGAGGCACACCACUAUCGAGGCGGUGGAAUGCGAGAUUUGCUCGAAAAUGUUCAACAAUAAAUAUUAUUUGGCGUUUCAUAAGAAAAACGUGCACAGUCACGUCGCGUGGUCGAAAUGCGAUUACUGCGACAAGCAGUUUAAAUCCAAAAGGUACAUACGGAGACACAUCAAAUACACCCAUUUGGGUAUGCAAAGAUACAAGUGUAUUGAAUGUGAAACUCUGUUUAAAGAGAAGAAGAGUUUACGUAAACACGUCAGGUCCAAGCACCCAGAUUCUACAGCGUUUCAACAAUGCCACAUCUGUCACAAAAGAUUCGAGUCCGCCAAGUCAUGUAAAAUACAUUUGAAGUUACUACACUCGUUCAAUAUGAACACCUAUCCUUGUGACUUGUGUUCCGUAUCAUUCAGCUCGAACGAAGCGCUAACAAUACAUUUAAAAACAAAACAUUUGUCCGACGAUACCAUUUUCAAAUGCAAAGAGUGCAAUUCCGUUUUUAAAGGAGAUGAAAAGUUUGAGAAGCACAAGGAGUUUUGUAAUAUCUUGCCGAGUAUGAAAAAGGCGUUGCCCCGUUGUAUAAUCUGUAUGAAAGAUUUCAGCACUAGGGAAACUCUGAAGCGGCACAUAAAAAACUUCCAUCCGGAAUUUGAUCCGGACGAAUUGGCUAACUAUGGAAGUGAACGUCGUGUGUUCAAUAUAGACUGUGAAGAUUGUAUAAAAAAUUUCCAAGAAGACGUUUACUUCGAGGUAUACCAACGGUCCAAACAAUCGAACGACGCUUUUAUAUUUAAGUGCGAAUUUUGCAAAUCAACGUACAACUCUUUCGAUUAUUCGAUACAGAGAUACAAGUUGAUGAAUUCCGAUAGUUGCCAGAGUAAAAUGAUCCUUAGUGAAUUGUGUACGACGGAGAUGAGUGGGGAUGAAGAGUUGGGAUUCGGUUCUCUCCACGAGUUGGUGGAGCCUGAGAGCACGACUAAUGAUAAUUCAGAAGAGAUGCCUGUAGUAAAGAGUGAGCCAAUAUCACCUUAGGUUAAGAAUCCCUUUACUAUUUAUAAAAUUAUAGCUCCCGAGUAAAAACAUUAUAAAUUUAACAGCUAAACAUUCCUCUUGAAGCCUCUGUUUAAAAAAAAACAACAGUCACUUCCCGCUUUUUUUAUGUAUGCUUAGAUCUUAGAUCUUUAAAACUAGGUACGCAACGGAUUUUGAUGUGAGUUUUUAAAUAGAUUUAUUGGUUGAAGAGGAACUUUUAGUUGUAUAAUUUGCUAUGGUUUUGAAGCCGGGACAGGCCGUAAGUAAGUAUUAUAGCAAUCACGUAUCACUGGUUGAAACGUAAACCUUAAAAUAAUUUAUUAAUUAAGAUACAUACAUACCUAUAUUUUGCACAAUAUCUAUUUGAAUACCUAUCAAUAAAGUGUAUUGGAAAUA